AUGGAUAAAUUAUUAGCCAGUUAAAGAAUAAAUAACUCCUUUGGGUGUAAAGCUAUGUAUUAAACAACAAAUAAUGAUUAUGGAUAGCCAUUUUUAUAAGAUAAUAAAACUGUGCCAACUUACAAUGAGCUUGUUGAGGCUUAAACUGAAGUUACAAGAGCUGAGAAACAAUUAAAAAAUAAAACAGUAGCAACUAAGUUUAGUGAUUUAAAGGUAGAAGAUGAGGAUGAAAUAAUGAAAGAAAAGCGUAAGUUUGAUAGAAAUGUUAUUGUCCCUAAAAAGUUCCCAUUGAAAGAAGAUUCUUAUAAAGCACCUGAACCAGGUUUAAAAAUUGGUAAUCCUCUUUACAUGACUGCCAAUAGAGAAUAUGGUAUGUUAAAACCUACAGCUUUCGAAAUUCCAAAUAGAUUUUACCCUAAAGACAAUACUUAUUCAAAAAGUUUCCCUGGAAUGCAUAAAUUCGAUGGUCUAAAUACAAAUAUAACUUUUUCAAAAGUUCAUAGAGCUUUAGAUGAAUAUUGA